AUGGCUCCAUUAACAGUACCAGUUGGUGAAGCUAAACAAGGGGAAACAGCUCCUAGAAGAAAGGCUUCUCAAAAAGAAGGCUCUUUAGACCGUCCUUUAGACUCAAAAGCAAAUACUAUGGCUGAGUUUAUUGAAGAAUGUUUUGGAAGAAAUGGUAAUAGAAAUGCAAUAGGUUGGAGAGAUUUAAAAGAUAUCAUUGUUGAAACUAAGCAAGUUACUAAAGUUAUUGAUGGUGAGUCCAAAAAAGUUGAUAAAGAUUGGAUUUAUUAUGAAAUGGGUCCUUAUAAUUAUAUCAGUUAUCCAGAUUUAUUAAAAUUAGUUCAAAAUUAUUCGAAAGGGUUAAUUGAACAUGGUUUGAAACCAAAUCAGCAAUCAAAAUUAAUGAUUUUCGCGUCAACUUCUCAUCAAUGGAUGCAAUCAUUUUUAGCUUCAAUUUUCCAAAAUAUUCCAAUUGUUACUGCUUAUGACACUUUGGGUGAAUCUGGUCUUAUUCACUCAUUAGUUCAAACUGAAUCAAAUGCAAUUUUCACUGAUAAUGCUUUAUUAGGUUCUUUACUUAAUCCUUUAAAAAAAGCAAAUUCUGUUAAAUUAAUUAUUCAUGGUGAAGAAAUUGAUGAAAAUGAUAAAAGACAAAAUGGUAAAUUAUAUAAAGAUGCUCAAAAGGCAAAAGAUGAAAUUUUAAAAAUUAGACCCGAUAUAAAAUUUAUUUCAUAUAAUGAUAUUAUUAAAUCUGGUGAAAAAUCUCAAGUUGCAUUAUCAUAUCCAAAACCUGAAGAUCCUUGUUGUAUUAUGUAUACUUCUGGAUCAACUGGUGAUCCAAAGGGGGUUGUUAUUACCAAUAAAAAUUUAUUAUCUGCUUGUGCAGGUAUUUCAACAAAUGCUGGUAGAGAUUUAGUUGGCCCAAAUGAUUCAGUUAUUGCAUUUUUACCAUUGGCUCAUAUAUUUGAAUUAGCUUUUGAAUGUAUUGCUUUUUGGUGGGGUGUCCCAUUAGGUUAUGCAAAUGUUAAAACUUUAACUGAAACUUCGGUUAGAAAUUGUCAACCUGAUUUAAUUGAAUUUAAACCAACUGUUAUGGUUGGUGUUGCUGCUGUUUGGGAAAGUGUUAGAAAAGGUGUUUUACAAAAAGUUAAACAAGCUUCUCCAAUUCAACAAAAAAUAUUUUGGGCUGCAUAUCAUGCAAAAUUAACAUUUAAUAAAUUUAAUAUACCAGGUGGUUCAUUAUUUGAUAUAGUUUUUAAAAAAGUUAAAGCUGCAACUGGUGGUAAAUUAAGAUAUGUUUUAAAUGGUGGUUCUUCAAUUUCUGUAGAUGCUCAAAUUUUUGUUUCAACUUUAAUUGCUCCAAUGUUAUUAGGUUAUGGUUUAACUGAAACUUGUGCAAAUGCUGCAAUUUUAGAACAUAAUCAUUUUGAAUAUGGUACUUUAGGUACUUUGGUUGGUUCUGUUACCGCUAAAUUAGUUGAUGUUGCUGAUGCUGGUUAUUAUGCAAAAAAUAAUGAAGGUGAAAUUUGGUUAAAAGGAGGUUGCGUUGUUUCCCAAUAUUACAAGAAUGAAAAAGAAACUAACGAUGCAUUUACUGAAGAUGGUUGGUUUAAAACUGGUGAUAUUGGUCAAUUUGAUGAAAGAGGUGGUUUGAAAAUAAUUGAUAGAAAAAAGAAUUUGGUUAAAACAUUGAAUGGUGAAUAUAUAGCUUUGGAAAAGUUGGAAUCAAUAUAUAGAUCAAAUCCAUUGGUUCAAAAUAUUUGUGUUUAUGCAGAUCAAUCAAAGGUUAAACCAAUUGCAAUUGUUAUUCCAAUUGAAGCUUCAUUGAGACAGGAACUUGGUGAUAAUUCAACAGAGUUAAGUCACUUGGUUAAUGACAAGAAAGCUCAAAAAGCUGUCUUGAAUAGUUUAUUAAGCACUGGUAAAAAUCAAGGAUUAAAAGGGAUUGAAUUGUUACAAAAUGUCGUUUUAUUGGAUGAAGAAUGGACUCCUCAAAAUGGUUUUGUUACUUCUGCUCAAAAAUUACAAAGAAGGAAAAUUUUAAACAGCUGCAAAAAACAAGUUGACGAAGCUUAUAAGUAG